AUGGAGUUUAUGAAUCUGGACCAAUUUAAGUGUGCAGUAAAAGAUUACAAUAUCAGUCUUGGGAGGAACUUCGUAUGGGUUAAGAAUGACAAGGUGAGAGUAAAGGCCAAAUGCAGUGUAGAAGACUGUGAAUGGAUGGUGUAUUGUGUCUGGAACAGUAAGCAAAGCACAUUCCAAGUUAAGACUUUUAAAGAGAUUCAUACAUGUUGCAGAGUCUUCAAGAAUAAAAAGGCUACAAGAGAUUGGGUGGCCAAGAAAUUGGAGAAGAGAAUAGUAACACAACCCAAGAUGACAAGGACAGAGGCAUUUGAGCACAUGAAGGAGGAAUAUAAUGUGCAUUUGGAUAUGAAGAAAGUAAGUAAAGCUUUGAAAAAAGCAAAGGGGACCAUUGAAGGUUAUGAGAAGGAGCGAUAUGGAAGAUUAAGGGAAUAUUUAGCAGAACUGUUGAGGAGCAACCCUGGCUCCAGUUGCAAAUUGCAAGUCACCCCCCAACCUAUUCCACAAUCAUUGCCAAUAUUUGACAAAACGUACAUCUGCCUUGAUGCUUGUAAGAAGGGAUUCAAAGCUGGAUGCAAGCCCUUAAUUGGGUUGGAUGGAUGCUUUUUGAAGGGCUAUUAUGGAGGUCAAUUAUUGAGUGUUGUGGGUGAAGAUGCAAACAAACAAUUCUAUGUGAUUGCAUAUGCCGUGGUUGAUAGUGAGACGAAGGACAAUUGGAAGUGGUUUCUGACAUUAUUACAGGAAGAUUUAAGGGACCAUGCAGUAUUUGGUUGGAACUUCAUUUCGGAUCAACAGAAGGGACUUGUCCCAGCCUUGAAGGAAAUUAUGCCAGGUUCAUACCACAUGUUCUGUGUACAACAUGUAUGGAAGAACUUCAUCAAGCAGUGGAAGGAUAAAGAGACAAGAGGAAUUGUAUGGGAAUGUGCUAGAUGCACCACUGUUCCCCAAUUUGAGAAGGUCAUGCAAAGGCUGAAGACUCUAAACGAACCAACUUGGAAGUAUCUUGACAAUAUACACCCUUCAUGUUGGGUUAAGGCCUAUUACAGUCACUGGCCUAAAUGUGACAAUAUCACGAAUAAUAUGGCUGAGGUGUGGAAUGCAAAGAUUGUGAAUUAUAGGGACAAAUCUAUAAUGACAUUGUGUGAGGAAUUGAGGUGCUACAUAAUGCGAAGGAUGGCAGCACACAAUAAGAUUCUACAAACCUGUAUGGAUCUCUAUGAAGUAUCUGGAAAGGGUCAACGUGUUGGGGUGAAUUUAACUCAACAAACUUGUAGUUGUAAUGUGUGGCAGCUGACUGGAUUGCCUUGUGAACAUGUCAUUGCUGCCAUUGCACACAAGAAUGAACCUGUGGAAAAUCAUGUUCACCAAUGGCUGACAGUGGAUGUUUUGCAUGCCAGUUAUGAACACACUCUCAACCCAGUCAAUUCCCAACAAUAUUGGCCAGCUUGUGAUGCCCCAAAACCACUUCCUCCACGCUUGAAAAGGCCUAUUGGACGUCCCAAAAAAAAUCGCAAGAAGGAUCCCACUGAAGAGCUUAUGAAGACCAACAAGAAGCUUAAGAAGACUUACACAGUUCAAUGCUCCAAGUGUGGUCAGACUGGUCAUUACCCCAAGACAUGUAAAGGACCUGCUGGUGGAUCAAAGAAAAAAACUAAACCAGUUAAUGUUGAAGUUGGCCAGUCAAGGACAGUUGAAGAUAUCCUCAUGAGCAUGAGUCAAGGCUGCCCUCCACCAGAGACAAGUAGCCAGCAUGCACCAAAUGCAGCUGAACCAAGAGCCAGCAACCCACCACCAUGCAAUCAUGCUGAGGCAGUGACCAGUGAGACAGCAGCUGCAGCUAGCAGUGGCACCAGAGCAAGAUUCAUAAGCUUCAUGACUACACCAGGAUUCAGGCCACCUAGGCCAGCCCCAUAUAACUAA